AUGACGGAUCCCAUAUUGCCCAAAGCCGGCGAGCGCAAUAUCCUCGUGACGAGCGCUUUGCCCUACGUGAACAAUGUUCCCCAUCUGGGCAACGUCGUGGGCUCCGUGCUGAGUGCCGAUGUCUUUGCUAGAUAUCACAAGGCCUGUGGCCGACGCACAUUGUAUAUCUGCGGUACAGAUGAAUACGGAACCGCAACCGAGACUAAGGCGCUGGAGGAGAAGAUGUCGCCAGAAGAUCUGUGCGCCAAAUACAACAAGAUCCACCAAGACGUGUACGAAUGGUUCAACAUUGGCUUUGACCACUUCGGCCGCACACCAACACAGAAGCACACCGAUAUCUCGCAGUCGAUUUUCAAGCGCCUGCACGAGAACGGCUACCUCGGUGAGCGCACCGCCGAACAGCCCUUCUGCGAGCAGCACGGCUCGUUCCUGGCUGAUCGCUUCGUUGAGGGCGAAUGCCCCCGCUGCCACUACGACGAUGCCCGUGGAGACCAGUGCGACAAGUGCGGUCACCUCCUCGAUCCCUUUGAUCUCAUCAACCCGCGCUGCAAGAUCGACGGCGCUGCCCCCGUCCGUCGCGAGACGAAACACAUCCACAUCCUACUUGACAAGCUCCAACCCGAGAUCGAGAAAUGGGUCCACCCCGCUAUUGAGAAGGGUAACUGGCCUAGGAAUUCGCGCAUUAUCACCGAGUCCUGGUUGAAGGAGGGUCUGAAGGGCCGUGGUAUCACCCGAGACUUGAAAUGGGGUGUUCCCGUCCCGCUGGAGGGGUACGAGAACAAGGUUCUCUACGUGUGGUUUGAGGCUUGCAUCGGCUACCCCUCGAUCACGGCUAACUACACAGAUGACUGGGAGAAGUGGUGGCGCAACCCGGAGGAUGUGCAGUUGUGGCAGUUCUUGGGCAAGGACAACGUGCCCUUCCACAGCGUCAUCUUCCCCGGUACGCAGAUCGGCACGAAGGAUAAGUGGACCAUGCUCCACCACCUGAGCACGACCGAGUACCUCAACUAUGAGGGCGGCAAGUUCAGUAAGUCGCGCGGCGUAGGUGUGUUCGGCACGAACGCCCGUGAAACCGGCGUCCCCGCCGACGUGUGGCGUUACUUCCUGCUGAAGAACCGCCCUGAGACUGGCGACACUCAGUUUGAGUGGGCCCCCCUUCGUGGACAGCAACAACGGCGAGCUCCUCGCCAAGCUAGGCAACCUCGUCAACCGUAUCAUCAAGCUCGUCACCGCCUCCUACGGCUCCUCACCGAACACCUGCGCCAGUACCAUGAAGAUCUGGAAGGCGCACACCUGCGCGCCGGAGUGCAGACAGCCAUGCGCAUCGCCGAGGCGGGUAACGGGCUGAUCCAAGCGAACCGACUCGACAACGCGCUGAUUGCGAACGAGCCUGAGCGCGCCGCUGCCGUCGUGGGAACAGUACUUAACCUGAUCCACCUGCUCUCCAGCGUGUUCUCGCCGUACAUGCCUGCAACCUCGAAGUCGAUUCUGGAGCAGUUGAACGCACCCUUCCUGUACCUCCCCAGUGUGGAAGAGCUCCAGUCCGGCUGGAAGCCUACUUCCCUGAAGGCGGGCCACAAGAUCGGCAAGGCAGCUUACCUGUUCUCUCGUAUUGAUCCCAAGAAGGCGGAUGAGUGGCGUGAGAUGUUUGGUGGGUCGCAGGCCGACCGGAAGAAGAAGGAGGAGGAAGCUGCCAAGCUGGCUGCGAAGAAGGCUGCUGCCAAGGCCAAGAAGAAGGAGAAGAAGGAGAAGGGCCGUGCUGGCGCUCCUGAAGGUGGUGUUGAGGGGUCUGCUAAGGGUGGUGCGGAGAAGGUCUCCGUUACCACUGAGGGCAAGAAUGAUGAGGCUGUUGAGAAGGUCACUGAUGGGGUGGCGCAGGUUACCCUGCCUACCUCGUAG